AUGGCCCAGCGGGUCGCUCCCAGCCCUGUCCUCAUGGCGGACCCCGUCGACCGGACGCCAAGCCCUCGCCACUCGCCACCCGCGGUGUCGCAGACAGACUCCAGGCACGGAAGUCCCCAGACCAAGCGACCCUUGUCUCCCCAGGACGGACUUAUGCGGGGUGCCCCGUCCAAGCGACCCUCGUCUCCCCAGGACGGACAAAUGGAGGACGCCGCCGAGCCAAAGAAGCGUCGCGUUGUCCUGUCCUACGAGGACUUGGACCCAGCCAUCAGGGUUCGGGUUUUGGACUACAGGCCGGCCGUUGUGGACAAAAGAGAGUUGCUCACGGAACUCCAGCUGGCGCACCUCUUAAUGUCACUGGACCACUUUGAAAUAAGAGAUGCCGUCGAUUUGGAGCACAAGGCCGUGCAAGUCAUCUGCCUGGGCGCCGUCCACGGAGUUUGGCCUGAUCAGCCCUGGGCGCCGCCCAAUUGCAAAAAGUCUGGCGCCCGGUCCCCAGAGAUUGGUGGUGCCUCUCUGUCGGGGCUGGAGGCGGCAGGUUCCUCUACCUCCGCGAAUGGCGGCUUGCUCGCAUUGGCCCGCUCCGCUGCGGACAGUCUUCUUUCUAGGGCGCCCAUGUGCCGUAGCAUCUUGGCCUCCAACUCUGUGCACCGGGCAGCCGCCUCAGCCAUCACACUCCUCUGCACCUGUUCCACUUCGUGGGCAAGCCUGCCACACUCUGCCUUCAGCUCCAUCACUGUCUGGCCAACUGCUCCUUUUAGGGCGUCGAACUUGAUCUCCAGCAGUUCAAUCUCCGAAAGCGCCAUGUCUUGGUCGUUGCUCAUGUUAGCCUUGCAAAAAAAAACACAAGACAGGUGA